UUAUCCGGUUGUAACACCAUGCUUUUUAAUAUAUCUUGGCCUUUAUUAAAAAAAACCAUUUACCUACCCUACGAAGCAUAUUUUGAUUUCGCCUAUGGUUUUGUAUGGGAAUACAUUACUCCGCCACCUGCGUCGUCACUCCGAUCAGCAAUGAAAAGGUUCAAAACAACUCUUUCCAACCUCCGAUUCCUCAACUCGUCAUUCGCCAUCCGAGUCACUCCAACUCGGUCGCCCCAAUUCACUCACAACCACCAGGUUUCUCACUUCUCUCCCUAUACUUCACCACCCUUUUUCGCCCCCUUUCCGUUUCAUGAUUUGCGUUUCCCAACCACUCAACAAAAACACUAUUUUUCUUCGAAACCCAACUCCGUUGUAGAGCUUGUUUUGACCAACGCUUGGUCUCAAGGGUUUGAACACGAGUUAGAAAAAUGUUACCCAUCUUUGACCCACGAAACUGUUGUUUACAUUUUGAAGCAUUUGGAAAAUGACCCACUAAAAGCUUCUUGCUUUUUCAAUUGGGUCUGUAAGAAAGAAUGGUUUUUGGCAAGUUCUUCAUUGUGUAACCUGGUUCUUAGGAUUUUAGCUAAUAAGGUUACAAUUGAUCAAUUUUGGGUUACUCUAACGAUGAUGAAGAAAAAAGGGUUCUAUCUUGAUCGGGUUACGCAUACAACGGUUUUAGAGGGUUUUAGAAGAGAGAAAAUGAAUAGGGAUUUUGCUUGUCUUAAAACCUUUUUUAAGCAAAUGCUUAAGGAAAAUGCAAGGCAAAGUGUUUUCACUAAGGUUGUUGGUAUCAUUUCAGGAUCUGAAUGGGGUGAUGAGGUUAUGAAUGAACUUGCGGGGCUUAAAAUUAAAUAUUCGGAUAGUUUUGUAAUACGGGUUUUGAAAGAGCUUCGGGGUUGUCCUUUAAAGGCUUACAAGUUCUUCCAUUGGGUUGGGAAGCAAUCUGGUUAUCAACAGAAUUCAGUGACUUACAAUGCAGUUGCUAGAGUUCUUGCGAGGCCUGGUUCGGUUGACGAGUUUUGGAGUGUUCUUGAGGAGAUGAAGAGUGUGAACCAUGGAUUGGAUAUUGAUACUUAUAUGAAUAUAAAAAAGCAGUUUGUGAAGAAUCAGAUGAUGGAGGAUGCUGUCAAGCUUUACGAGGUUAUGAUGAAUGGUCCGUAUGAGCCAUCGGCUCGUGAUUGCUGUGUCAUUUUAAAUGCAACUGCUACAAGUGAUUCACCAAAUUCUGAACUAGCUUUCAGGGUAGCCGAGAAAUAUGAAUCUGCAGGACAUACUCUCACAAAGGAAAUCUAUGAUGGAAUCCACCGGUGUUUGACAAGUGCUGGGAAAUUUGACGAAGCAGAAAAUAUUGUUAAGACUAUGAGAAAUGCUGGCUAUGAACCGGAUAACACCACCUACAGUCAAAUGAUUUUUGGACUUUGUAAGAUGAAGAGGGUUGAAGAAGCAUGUAAGGUGUUGGAGGAGAUGGAAUCUAGUGGCUGCAUUCCUGAUAACAAAACUUGGUCCAUCCUGAUCCAAGGGCAUUGUGCUGCCAAUGAAGUAGAGAAGGCGUUACUUUGUUUAGUUACGAUGGCUGAAAAGGGCUGCGACGCAGAUGCAGAUGCUAUAGGCGUUCUGGUUGACAGUUUUCUUAGUCAAGAGAAAAUAGAUAAUGCAUACAAGUUUCUUGUAGAGAUGGUUAGGAAUCACAGCACAUUUCCUAGGCAACGUACAUAUGAGAGAUUGAUUGAAAACCUAUUAGGAAUUCGAAAAAUCGAGGAUGCAAUUGACCUUUUAUGUUUGAUGCGUAAACACAAUUACUCCCCAUUCAUCAAACCUAUUGUGCAGUAUGUUUCAAAGUAUGGUACCAUGGAGGAUGCUGAGAAAUUCCUGAAGGCAUGGAGAAAGAAAAGUCCUCAGUCCCAUUCAGCCUAUCUUCAUGUUUUUGAAUCAUUUGUCGGAGAAGGUAGACUCACAGAGGCCAAAGAUCUAUUGUCCAAGUGUCCUUCUCGUAUAAGGAAACGUAAACAAGUCAGUGAGUUUUUUGCUUCAGCGGAGAAUCAGAUCGCUGCUGCUGCUACUGCUAGUGCUAAUUGAUUCCAGAACUUUUUUCACUUCCUAGUGUUCAUCUCAUUGUUUUUCAAUUACCUACAAUCAUGCCAACGAAGCAUGGUUCGGCUGAAAGAUCCGACCUGUAAGUACCAUGGUAAGCUAUUGACUUGUGGUAUGCAAUGAUCUUGGAUUGAGGCAAGUGUCAACCUCCAAGAAUCACUGUUUUGGGGGUGAAAAUUGAAGGAAGAGUGAUGUUAUCAUUUUCAAUGAAUUACUUUUUUGUCACGAAGUUCUUCACCGUUGACUACGUAAUGAAUGUUUGUUGUUUCUUUUGGCAAUGAACGGGUUUGGUUCUUGAUGAUUUGUAACCUUAAAAAGGGGAAAGGUUGGUGUUGAUGAUUUACCCCUUCUAGUGCUAGACAAGUUGGAAGAGGCCAAAGUAAUUAUAAGAAUAUAAAAUUAAUUUUGAAAUA